AGCCAGCUGCAUUCAUGGUAAAAGCACGGGCACUUCCUGGGCAGAGCAGUUCAGCAGCUGGAGCUUUACGCAAUGGAAUAUAAUGCACUGGUGAUCAAUCACAAGGAGAGGGCGUCGCACAGUCUCGUCAACGCAAAAUGAACGCAACUGAGUGACCAGGGAUGGUUAAUUCUGAAGAAACAGUUCUGUAGUGUUUCCUAAGUUUUGGAUACAAAGGAACUUUUCCCCAAUAUCUGUGGUUGUCAUUUAAAUCGCCAUCAUGGGUGACGUGAUUUCCUCCAACCUGGACGAAGGCAAGCGGGAGAUGAUUACAGCUCGCACCAGUGCCGUGAUGGCAGAGUUUGGGAGGUUUUACGAGCAGCAGUACGCCGUGGCUUUGUUCAACUGUGUGCGCUUUGAGAUCGAAGGAGGAGGGAAUGUCCAGACACAACUACUACAUAGAAAGGACCCUCUUAAGAACAAGUCCAUCUUCUCCGGAGGUCUGUUUCAGUAUCUGGAAGAGAGCAAGAAAUGGAGGAGUCGCUUUUUGUACGUGGGCGACUCUUACAACAUUGGCUUGUAUGAGAGCAAAGCGGCACAUGAUCGAGGUCUACAGUCCAAAGGGGUCAUUAACUGUGCCGGGUAUAGAGCCCUAACCUCUAUGGAGGAGUACCUGGAGCUUCUUAACAAUAACCUGAGUGAUCCAAAGGCCAAAGUGGCAAGUGCCCCAUUUCUGAAGUACCCCACACAGUUUCCCCUCAUCCUGUGGCAUCCCUAUGCCCGUCAUCACUACUUCUGUGUGAUGACAGAGAAAGAACAGAAGAAGUGGCAUGCCGUCUUCCAGGACUGUGUGAGACACAGCAACAACGUGGCCCAAAUUAACUUACUGCUCAUCUACGGCCAGUACUGUAGCCAUAUGGAGAAUGCCCAGAAGACACUGGAUGAGCUAAUUGCCACACGGGAAGAUGUCAAGUGUAAAGUGGAGGAGUGUACCAUGAAGGUCCAGGAGGGAAAGUUCAAACUGCAAGAUCUUCUGGUUGUCCCCAUGCAGAGGGUCCUGAAAUACCACCUUCUGCUUAAGGAGUUAGUAAGUCACUCUAUGGACCGUCCGGAGAGGCAGCAGCUUAAAGAAGCACUAGAAGCCAUGCAGGACCUGGCCAUGUACAUCAAUGAGGUGAAGAGAGACAAUGAAACCCUGAAGAAAAUAAGUGAAUUUCAGAGCUCAAUAGAAAAUCUACAGGUGAAACUAGAGGAGUACGGUAGGCCAAAGAUAGACGGAGAGCUUAAAGUGUGCUCUAUAGUUAACCGGACCAAACAAGACAGAUACAUCUUCCUAUUUGAUAAAGUUGUGAUUGUUUGCAAGAGAAAAGGCUAUAACUAUGAGUUAAAAGAGAUCAUUGAACUUCACUUUUAUAAGAUGUCAGAUGACCCCAUGAAUAACCGUGAUAUGAAAAAGUCGAGUGGAAAAAUGUGGUCCUAUGGCUUCUACCUGAUCCAUCUGCAGGGGAAACAGGGCUUCCAGUUCUUCUGCAAGACAGAAGAUACCAAGCGCAAGUGGAUGGAGCAGUUUGAAAUGGCCAUGUCAAACAUCAAACCCGAAAGAGCCACUGCCAACCAGCACAACUUCCAAAUGCACACGUUUGAAAAGAACACCAACUGCAGAGCCUGUAAAAUGCUGCUGAGGGGUAUUUUCUACCAGGGAUACUACUGUCCACGCUGUGGGACCGGCGUCCAUAAGGAGUGCCUAGAGGUCAUUACCAUCUGCAAAAUAAGUCCCCAUGAUUCGGAGCCAGGGCUUCCACAAUCAGGUCCAAAGAUGGUAGCCAUCAAAAAUUACAAUGGUACCCCUGCCCUGCCAGGCAAGAUGCCACUCUGCUUUCAGACAGGAGAAGUCAUUGAGCUCCUGAAGGGAGAUCCAGACACAUCAUGGUGGGAGGGCAAGCUCAUCCAAACCCAAAAGACUGGCUUCUUCCCCAGUUCCAGUGUGAAACCAUGUCUUGACCCUAAGCCUUUCCAGUCAUUUUCCAGCCGUCAGUCCUCCAGAGAAACAGAUUACUACGUUUAUCCCUGGUUUGCUGGAAACAUGGAGCGGCAGCAGGCCGACAACCUGCUCAAGUCUCACAGCAGUGGCACCUAUCUGAUCCGAGAGAGAACAGCAGAGGCUGAGAGAUUCGCAAUCAGCAUCAAGUUUAAUGAUGAAGUGAAGCAUAUUAAAGUUAUUGAGAAAGACAACUGGAUUCACAUUACAGAGGCAAAGAAGUUUGAAAGCCUUCUGGAGCUUGUGGAGUAUUAUCAGAUUCAUUCACUGAAAGAGAGCUUUAAGCUGUUGGACACAACAUUACGGUACCCUUACAAAUCCCGGGAACGCUCAAGCUCUCGCGCCAAUACCCGCUCACCAGCAGCCACCUGUGCUUCCUACAACUUCUCCUUCCUCAGUCCUCAGGGCCUCAAUUUCUCCUCUCAAAGCUCUGCUCCCUUCUGGUCAGUAUUCACACCCAGGGUAGUUAGCACAGCUGUGGCGCGAUACAACUUUGCCGCUCGAGACAUGAGAGAGCUGUCCCUGCGAGAAGGGGACAUCGUCAAGAUCUACAGCAAGAUUGGUGGAGACCAAGGCUGGUGGAAAGGAGAGGCCAAUGGCAGGAUUGGAUGGUUCCCCUCCACGUACGUCGACGAGGAAGGGGUGCAGUGAAACUUUGGAGUCACAAAUCGUCCAAUUGCAUUCUGAUCUGCAGCCCUCUUAGAGGACUCUUUGGUUUCCAAGGCAAGACCUAAUGGAAGUCUUUUUGCUGGAAACAUAUUUUACAAUGAAUAUUUGUACUUCUGUUUCUUUUCAUCAUGUACGAAUAUGCUUUUACCCUUUCUCGGAAUUUCUGUGUGAUCUCUGUGAAGAAAACUGCUCGGAGUCUGUUCGUUCUCAGUGUCGGGAGUAGGAAACUGUGAACAGAACAGAACUUAAAGUGGCCAAAGGACAAGCAUGGCUUCAAACUUGUACAGUAAUACCUAUUACGUGCGCUGACGGCCACAUGGGUAUAAUGGGGGGUGGGGACAUAUAAAUAAAUAUAUAUAAAUAUAUAUAUAAUUUAUUAAAGAGAUAUAUCUAUGAUUAGAAUGCAACGCUGAACAUUUGUUCAACAGCACCAAUGCAAAGAAUAUAGAAGAGCAGAGCAGAUGCACUUUGCAUUUCUUUACACAGAGAAUUUGCCUUAGAAAUGGUAAUGCCUUUAGAUGUGGAAGUAAAGAGAUGGAUUCAGACUCAUAUUGCACAUACAAAUUCGUACAUCUACCCUUGUCCAAAAAGAUGGUGCCUUUUUAUACAUAUCUUCACUCCCAACAGAGUCUGGUUUAGAUACAGUAGCUGCAGCAUUAACGCCCUGUUCUGUAGUGGUGCUCUCUUCCGACCCCAUCCACCCAUUCAGCUGGACUCUGCUCAACCAGAAGACCAUAAAAGAGACUCAAUAUUUCUUGGGCUGAAAUGAGCUUGUCAGAUCUGCUCAUCAUCUCACUGGCACAAGGGGAAGCUAACCGAAAGCAUUCAGUCGUGGCUGGAAUUGCUUUUACAGUGAAAAAUACAACCACCUUCAUGUCUUCCUCUUCCUUCAAGAGUAUGGCAAAAGUGCAAUGGAGUAUCAGGAAGAGGUUCCUUAAACACUGUUAGCUGUGAUUAGCAUUUAUUUCCAUGUUCUUAGUGGUCCAGAUUUGGACUGAAAAGGGAAAAUGUAAUGCUGUUCGGUGCACUGAUUUUCAUGAAUACCCAGAGGUUUUUGUGAUUUUUUUUUUUUUUUUUUUGGCCUUCUACAAGCACAUACAUAUUGCCAUUUCACGUUUCUCGUCUGCAGCCUGCCGCAUUACAGUAUCUUGCCUUACUGGUGGACACUUGGUGCUACAGUCCCACAUAUUGAAAUCCCUGAGUUGGGGCAGAGUUUUCUUUUUUGCUGUUGUUGUGAACGAGGAGACCCACUGCUGAAGAACCUCAGCCAUCAAGUGCACUUUAUCUGUCCAGAGACCUUUUAACACAGGACACCACACUGCAGACCAGGACAUUAAAGUUUCAUAUUAUUUAAUUAAAAAAAAAAAUACUUGUCCUUAUUUUUACCUCUGGAGGGGGAAAAGAGAGUAUAAAAUCCUUGACACUAUGAUCAGUGCUCCCUCAAAGUCUGAUAUUGAACAUACUAUAAACUCCGUGAGUGCAUGGAUGUGUCCCUCAAACAGUCCUUGGAGAAAAACCUUUUGCUGUUGCCGGCCAUCAUACAUCGAACCUGUAAAUUGAGGUGGGAGAGUGCUGGACUCUAAUAAAGCAUCGGACAUUUUAGCCAUGCUCCAGGCUUGAAUACAGCUGUCUGCAGUGAUGGAAGAGUGCAGCUCAUGUCAAGGUAGCACUGGCUUAGGGGCUUAGUACCUGUUUGUGUGUAGUGGACAAAAAAACCAUUGCAUGUGGUCAUAGAUAUUACAACUGCUGUCUGUGGAUCCUGAAAAAAUGAUUAAAAAAAAUUGUGUACAUUUUUUUUUGAAUGGUCAGUUUUUUGGAAACUGAGUUCUAUAAUGAAAUAAAUAUUUCUUUUUUGCCUA